GAGGCGAAACUGAGAAGAGGCGAAACAAACAAACAAACAAAAUGGAGUACGGCCUGCACACUAUGAGAACAACAACCGCCUCAGCGAAAGUGCAGUCUCAUUGAGACCGCUUCAUUUCCAAGAAGCAGAAGUUAAAGACAUUUCCUAAAAAAGGCUGCGGCCUGUGGUUAUCAGGAGAGGCCAGACCGAGGGUCAAGAGCUUGUAACUAUUGUUCGAACCCUAUAUCUGUUGUGUGGCGUGUAAACCCUAUAAAAACCCUUUCCUACUGAGCACCAGGGUCGCCUCCUCUGACUCCUGCGUGAGUUACGAGACGACCCGGAGCUCCGAAAUAAACCUCACCUCGUGCGUUUGCAUCAAGUCGGCUCCUCGUUUUCCUCUGAGGUGCGCGUCUGCCUGGGUAGAGGAAAGCUUCGCCUUUCAUUUGGGGGCUCGUCCGGGAUCAACGACGAACACCUCAGGAAACGAUGACCCCUUGGAGGUGAGCUUUUUGUGUGAAUGUUUGUGGCGCCACAUGAGAGCUUGUGAGCUUGUGUAGAUUGAGAUUAAGAGUUUGUGGUUUGUGUAACUGAGCAGGCUUUGUUGGGAUAAUAUUGUUUUUAACGUAAUUUCUUUCCUUUAUCUCUGUUUCUUUUGUGUCUCUAAGAGUUUGUGGUUUGUAUAACUGAGAGCUUUGUUGGGAUAACAUUGUUUUUAACGUUAUUUGUUUCCUGUAUCUCUGUUUCUUUUGCGUCUCUCGAAAUUUAAAUUAGUGCCCAUCCCUCUAUGUCAUAGGCUGCAUACCGUUGACCAAGUCUGAGACUAGGUCUGGAUCUAGCCGCACCUAAGCCCCUUUUAAGGGUGCCUUAGAAAGCAAGGGGGUCCAGACUGAACCUCGUGACUCAACGGCAGGGUCUCCUUAAAUAAGCCUACUGUUGACCAGGUCUGGGACUAAGGAUUCUUUCCUGAACCUCGUGACCCAACAGUCCAUAAUCCCCAACUUCAGUAAGAAAAACACUUAGGGAUACACGGAUAAGAUUCUCAUUCUCUCACUCUCUCUCUCUCUCUCUCUCUCUCUCUCUCUCCAUUAACCUCUGAAAAUGUUUUAAGUGUGUGAGAUUGGGAGCUCACUGUUGCAUAGAUAUCUUAAGCAUCAGAGACCAAGUGAAUGUUACUUUUGUGGGUGAUUGGGUGAGAACAUACCUUGGUACCCUUGUAAGUUCAGGGAAUGCUUUUUGUGCCGCCUCUGUGUCCAUAAGUAUAUUUGUUGAUUUUCACCUGAGAGUCACACUCAACAUUACGGGGAUAGGUACGGGACAGGAACCCCUUUGUGCAAAAAAUUUUUAGAUGUGCCUGAUUAAUUGUAUUGAUUUUUUAUGUUCUAUCUGUGUAAGGAUAGGAGUCAUAAUUGUCAGGGUUGUGUUAUGUUGUUUUGGAAGUAAGGGUCAGGGGAAAACUGAAGCUGCUGGGUCAGUAAAGGUCUGACAGACUUUAAAGAGGUUUCUGAGUAGCACGUGUGGGGGACAGACGUGUCCGGCACCACAGGCUACGGCCCUGGGGGACGCCUCACGGGUGAAAAUAGGCAACCUUUGCCUAUAAGUGAAACCUAGCUGGUCCUUGUGGAGUGAAUGAGGGGACGAAGUCUCCGCCCUUCUGAAAUUUUGAUAAGAUCUCUUCCGUGGUGUAAAAGUCGUGGAGAGCGAGAAACCGUUUCUGUGUGUGUGUGUCUUAUUAUAAUUUUUUUGUAUUACUGAUAACCAUGGGGCAGUCCCGAUCCACCCCUCUGUCAUUAACAUUGGCACAUUGGCCAAAAGUAAAAGCACGAGGGCAAAACCUGUCUCUUAUUAUCAAGAAGGGGGAUUGGCAAAAUUAUUGCGAAAGUGAAUGGCCAACUUUUAAAGUAGGAUGGCCACGGUCAGGUACCUUUGACAUCCAUACCAUACGGGCAGUCCGAAUGUCUAUUUUCUCCUCAAUAGGAGGCCAUCCUGACCAAGAACCAUAUAUCACAGUAUGGGAAGACUUGGUGAUGUAUCCGCCGGACUGGGUUCGACCAUUUCUUCCAAGUGAUAAAAUAAGAGUCCUAGCCCCAUCCUACUCAUACUUUAGCCGGGGCGUACCUGUGACAACCAGGACUCUGGCUCUCACAGGAGUAGAAGAGGGGGUGACCAAUAAUGGGGGAGAUUAUGAAAAAUUGAAAGAAUCAAGCCCUAAGACCAAGGUAUAUCCAGAGGUCGAGGGACCCCCUGAAUGGACUCCACCUGUAUCCACAUCUAUACCCACCGCCCCCCCAACUGGACCCCAGUCCCCAGAUGAGGGAGUACCUGUGCCGUAUAACCCGGGGGGUUGGGAAGAAGGACCCUAUACCGGUACCAGGAGUAAACGGGGGAUAAUACCUGAGGGACCAGACUCCACUGUAGCCUUACCACUCCGGGCGGUGGGGCCAGCCCCCACAGAGCCAGAUGAGUUACAACCAUUACAGUACUGGCCCUUUUCGUCCUCCGAUUUGUACAACUGGAAAGCAAAUAACCCUUCUUUUUCUGAGAACUCUGCUGCCCUCAUAGGACUAGUCGAAUCCCUGAUGUACUCCCAUCAGCCCACAUGGGACGACUGUCAGCAGUUACUUCAAACACUUUUCACCACAGAGGAGCGAGAACGAAUCUUCUCGGAGGCACGGAAAACCCUACAGGAAGGCCAACCAGGCCAACCCCCUCGAACAGGAAUGGAAGUGGAAGCGUUGUUCCCAGCAGCGCGACCGCAAUGGGACUAUAAUACAGCAGCAGGUAGGGAACGACUGUCCAUAUACCGCCGGGCUCUGGUAGCAGGACUAAGAGGGGCAGCCAGGAAACCUACCAAUCUGGCAAAGGUGAGAGAAAUUAUGCAGGGGCCUAAUGAACCACCCUCGGUGUUCCUAGAACGUAUCAUGGAGGCCUAUCGUAUUUAUACCCCGUUUGAUCCCGAAUCUAGGGGACAGCGGGCCUCCGUUAUCAUGUCCUUCAUUGGACAAGCUGCACCAGACAUAAAACGAAAACUGCAGCAUAUCGAGGGAUUGCAGGAUUACACCCUGCAAGAUAUUGUUAAAGAGGCUGAAAAAGUGUUCCAUAAAAGGGAAACUGAGGAAGAAAAGUGGGAGAGGGAAAAGAAUGAGAGAGAGAAGGAAGAAAUACGGAGACAAAAGAGACAGGAUAAGAAUUUAACAAGAAUACUUACUACAGUAAUGGCCGAGGGGAAACGCCAAGGGGAAAGACAGGCGAGAGGAGGAAGGGACCUGGGCGACAAUGACAGGAAUAAGGGACCCAGAAGACUGGGAAAAGAUCAAUGUGCUUUCUGCAAGGAACAUGGGCAUUGGGCCCGUGAAUGCCCCAAGAAAAAGGGAAAGAGAGUGCUAACCCUGGAGGAAGAUGAAGAUUAAUGGGGUCAGGGCCCGGAACCCCUCCCCGAGCCUAGGAUAACGUUAAAUGUGGAGGGGACCCCAGUAAAUUUUUUGAUUGAUACUGGGGCAGAAUAUUCCGUACUGAAAACCUCAUUAGGGACUGUAACUAACAAACAGACCAUGGUAAUUGGAGCAACAGGUCGAAAAGAAUACCCCUGGACAACUAAUCGAACUAUUGACUUGGGAACUAACCAAGUAUCCCAUUCUUUUUUGUUAAUACCCGAGUGCCCUACCCCCCUCCUCGGGCGAGACCUGUUAACAAAAAUGAAGGCUCAGAUAAGCUUUACUUCUGCUGGCCCUGAGAUCGCCCUUGCAGGCGGAAAGCCAAAAACAUGCAUAUUGUCCCUGCACUUGGGGGAGGAAUAUAGACUAUACCAAAACCCCAAGGAGAACCUGGAUAACCUUGAAAAAUGGCUCAAGCAGUAUCCGAAGGCAUGGGCCGAAACUGGGGGCAUGGGGGAAGCGGUGAACAUCCCUCCCAUAGUGAUCGAGCUGCAAUCAAGUGCCACCCCAAUAAGCGUAAAACAAUACCCAUUGUCAAAAGAGGCAGUAGCAGGGAUACGACCUCACAUCGACAAGCUUGUACAACAAGGGAUUCUUGUGCCUUGUAAAUCUCCCUGGAACACACCACUCCUGCCGGUAAAGAAACCUGGGACUGGGGAUUAUCGGCCAGUACAGGACUUGCGGGAAGUCAACAAAAGAGUCCUUACCUUACAUCCUACGGUACCCAACCCAUAUAAUCUCUUAAGCUCUCUUCCCCCAGAUCGUACCUGGUAUACAGUCCUUGACCUAAAGGAUGCAUUUUUCUGCUUGCGACUGCAUCCAGUGAGCCAGUUAAUUUUUGCUUUCGAGUGGAGAGAUCCUGAAAGUGGGAGAGUGGGUCAACUCACGUGGACAAGAUUACCACAAGGAUUUAAGAAUUCUCCUACCUUGUUUGAUGAAGCCCUCCACAAGGACCUGGCAACUUUCCGGGCACAAAACCCACAGGUAACUUUACUCCAAUAUGUAGAUGACCUCCUACUCGCGGCGUCCACCAAAGAGAACUGCCUGAUGGGAACUCGCAGACUACUGGUUGAACUUGGAAGGUUGGGGUACCGUGUCUCAGCGAAAAAGGCACAAAUCUGCCGGAAAGAGGUAACCUAUCUGGGAUAUGCUCUAAAGGAUGGAAAAAGGUGGCUGACGGAAGCCCGAAAGAAGGCCAUCUUGCAGAUCCCCACCCCGUCAACCUCUCGACAGGUGCGUGAGUUCCUGGGAACAGCGGGGUUCUGUCGUCUGUGGAUACUUGGGUUUGCUAGCUUGGCUGAACCACUAUAUCCACUCACAAAAAACAAGGGAGAAUUCGUAUGGGGCAAAGAGCAGGAGGAGGCCUUCACCAACAUAAAGAAGGCGCUGUUAAGUUCCCCUGCUCUGGCGUUACCUGACCUCACCAAACCAUUUACUCUGUUCGUGGAUGAGCGAAAGGGAGUGGCCCGGGGUGUGUUAACACAGAGACUUGGACCCUGGAAACGGCCAGUGGCAUACUUGUCAAAGAAAUUAGACCCCGUGGCCAGUGGAUGGCCUGCCUGCCUUAAAAUAGUGGCUGCCACAGCAGUCUUGGUAAAAGACUCUGAUAAACUUACUUUUGGACAACCAAUUACAAUCAUUGCAGCCCACUCCCUGGAAAGCAUUAUUCGGCAACCUCCUGACCGAUGGUUAACAAAUGCCAGGAUGACUUACUAUCAGAGUCUGUUACUAACUGAACGUAUUAAGUUUGCCCCUCCAGCCAUCCUGAACCCAGCCACACUGAUGCCUGAAGCAAGAGAGAGUGACCAGCCUCUCCAUGAAUGCCAAGAGGUUCUAGCCGAAGAAGUGGGCAUUCGCGCAGACCUGACUGACCAGCCUAUGGAAGGAACCCCCUCGUGGUUCACCGAUGGGAGCAGCUACCUGCUGGAAGGAAAGCGUAAGGCUGGCGCAGCCGUAGUGGACGGGAAACGGGUCGUGUGGGCUAGCUCGUUGCCAGAGGGGACCUCUGCCCAGAAAGCCGAACUAGUAGCCCUCAUACAGGCCCUGAGGCUGGCUGAAGGAAAAGUGAUUAACAUAUUUACCGAUAGCAGAUAUGCCUUCGCAACUGCUCACGUCCAUGGGGCAAUAUACAGACAGAGGGGGCUCUUGACAUCAGCGGGGAAGGAAAUUAAGAACAAAGAGGAAAUUUUAAAUCUCCUAGAAGCCGUACACCUCCCCAAAAAGGUAGCCAUCAUACAUUGCCCAGGGCAUCAAAAAGGAGAUGACUGGGUUGCAAGAGGGAAUCGAAUGGCAGACACAACUGCCAAAGAGGCCGCACUAGAGGCCAUGAUACUCUCAGUAAAACUGGACGACAAACAGGCAGUGGAAGGAAAGGAAGAAACAAACCUAUCCGCUGAGGAAGGGAAAGCUUACAUCGAUAAAAUGCACCGACUUACGCAUUUGGGAACUGAAAAACUUAUCACACUAGCAAAAAAAUCACGCUACAAGGUCCAGGACCUACGGAAAACUGUGGAACGUAUCGUACAAAAUUGCGAGGCAUGUGCCUUUACAAAUGCAGGACAUACUAAAGGAAUCCAAGGAAAGAGACUGAGAGGAGAUCGACCAGGAGCAUAUUGGGAAGUAGACUUUACGGAAGUAAAGCCUGCCCGGUACGGUAACAAAUAUUUGUUAGUGUUUGUAGAUACCUUCUCUGGAUGGGUCGAAGCAUACCCUACAAGGAACGAAACAGCACUAGUAGUGGCAAAAAAGAUCCUGGAAGAGAUUUUUCCCCGGUUCGGUAUUCCCAAGGUAAUCGGGUCAGAUAAUGGACCUGCCUUUGUCGCCCAGGUAAGUCAGGGAGUAGCCAGACAAUUGGGGAUUAACUGGAAGCUCCAUUGUGCAUAUCACCCUCAAAGUUCAGGACAGGUAGAAAGGAUGAAUAGGACCUUGAAAGAAACUUUAACUAAAUUAGUAGCGGAGACCGGCGGGAGGGAUUGGACAGUCUUUCUCUCCCUCGCUCUGUUUAGGGUUCGAAACACCCCAGGACCUAUGGGGCUCACCCCUUAUGAAAUCUUGUAUGGGAGUCCCCCUCCUCUGACAGAAAUAGUGGGGACUGAUGAACCUGUUGUGCCCUCUCUUACUCUUGCAGCACGCCUAAAAGCGUUGGAAGUAGUUAGAAAAGAAGUUUGGGAACAGUUGAAGAACCUCUACGACCCAGGCGAGGUGUCGAUGCCCCAUUCGUUCCAGGUCGGAGACAAAGUUCUGAUUAGACGACACCGAUCAGAGACGCUCGAACCUCGGUGGAAGGGACCGUAUGUGGUAUUGUUAACAACUCCCACCGCUGUAAAAGUCGAUGGGAUUACUGCGUGGGUACAUUCAGCGCAUGUAAAAAGGGCACCUAGAGAUAUACAAAAGGAUGAUUGGGUGGUGGAAAAGACUGAUAAUCCUCUUAAGCUUCGUGUGUUUCGGAAACCAAACCGAAACACCUAGGGAAAAUCUGUUGGUGGGACUAAUCCGAGAUUUCGGGAAGGCCCAAAAUGCAACCAGUAUCACUGCUUGUUUACCAUUACCACAAGCAGCUGGGGAGCCUAUUCCGUGGGGUAUAAUCCCGGCGGGACCACUACCAAAAUAUAAAAAUAAUGUAUCCCAAUUUUGUAAGAGUGUGCCCCGAACUAGGACUGGGGUAGGUCGGCGAUUUAUCAGGACACGAAAAUCACAGUGGAAAAUCAGGAAGGAAGACUGCAAACGAAAACUUAAUUCUGUAUAUAAAAAGGGAGGGAUCCAUUCUGUGGGGACGUGUUAUUUUGAUGAGGAAAAACAAGUUACAGUAACUACCACUGAAACUUACUCUGAAGUGGUAUGUCAGAAUAUCACACAAUUAGACCCCAAGGUCUGGCAAUCUAUCUGGGGACCCGCUAUUGCAGAAACUUUUAGCUACAUAGGACCAGUAAACUGGUGUGUGCAGUUUCAAGGAAAGCAGGAUCAACACUAUACACACACUUUUCAUGAGAUGACUUCUAAAAAAACGAUUGUGGAACACACACAUGGGUGGAACUGUACCAAAGUCCUCAACUGUGACACCCCGGAGAGGGAAAUAGGGAUUUUCCCCGUCCGUUAUCUGCUUAAGUGGGGAUGUGAAUGUCGAGGAUACAAACAUACCCUGCCACCACAUACUAAAGGUGGGUCAGAUGGGGAAAUGCUUGACUGCAAAUAUACUACAAUCCAGAGUCCUGGAAAUUUAGUAUGGGUCACUAACGAACGGAAAUGGACCACACAUAUUUCCAUUGAUGGGCCUAUUAAUCAAAUUACCCUAGGGGUGCCCACACUGUGUCCCUACUGGAAAAAGUCUGGAGAAAAAGAACUUAUACCUCGAAAGAGGAGGGAUGUAAGUAAAGAAGGUGAGGAAGCCCCCAGUGAUGAAUGGCAGGAACCAAAAACUGCGAUAAAAAUAGGGUGGGCAAUUGAAUCCAUAUUUCCCCAAAUCGCAGCAUAUAGAAAUAGGGAGAUGCUUGAUAAAUUGUUGGCACAAACCGCGCGAUUAGCGGCUGUUACUAAAAAGGGAUUUAAAGAUAUGAAUUUCCAACUCCAGGCAACUAGCAAAAUGGCUCUGCAAAAUCGGAUGGCCCUUGAUAUGUUACUAUUAAAGGAACAUGGGGUUUGUGGGUAUCUAAAAAAUAAAAUAAGCGACUGUUGUAUACAUAUCCCAAAUGUUACGGAAGCUGUAGAAAACGAUAUUAACAAAUUACAUCAGAUAGAGGAAAAAACAAAAGGAAUUGAAGAGGAAGCCCGAAGAAAUUGGGUAGGGGAAGUAUUCAAUUCCCUAGGAAUACAUAUUGCUGAGUGGUUAUCUUCAUUAAUCCAAACUGUGAUAAUUACUAUUAUUCUUAUUGGUAUAAUCUUUAUUUCUUAUAAGUGUGUUUUAGGACUGUGCCUAAAGGGGUGGAAGAAGACUCCAAAAUGACAUCCAUAAUGUUAUAAGCAUAGAAUAGAAAUAUAAUGUUAGUAAGUGUUAGUCCUGACCACUGGCCUGGCCUCUCCAGAAAUUCUAAGAUUAGAAAUGUACAAAAGAAAAAGAGGGGAAUGAGAAGAGGCGAAACUGAGAAGAGGCGAAACAAACAAACAAACAAAAUGGAGUACGGCCUGCACACUAUGAGAACAACAACCGCCUCAGCGAAAGUGCAGUCUCAUUGAGACCGCUUCAUUUCCAAGAAGCAGAAGUUAAAGACAUUUCCUAAAAAAGGCUGCGGCCUGUGGUUAUCAGGAGAGGCCAGACCGAGGGUCAAGAGCUUGUAACUAUUGUUCGAACCCUAUAUCUGUUGUGUGGCGUGUAAACCCUAUAAAAACCCUUUCCUACUGAGCACCAGGGUCGCCUCCUCUGACUCCUGCGUGAGUUACGAGACGACCCGGAGCUCCGAAAUAAACCUCACCUCGUGCGUUUGCAUCAA